ACAGAGUGGAGAUGAAGAAGGAAGUGCGCAACAUCCUCGUGCCUCUCUUCUUCCACCUGCACGACCAGGACCAGAGCGUGGCUCAGGCCUCCGGGGAAGCCCUUCUUUGCGCGGCCAAGCUGCUGAAGCGCAAGCACCUCAGCUAUCUGCUGAAGACAGCGCAGCCGCAGAGGAUCGGCAAGUGCCUGGUGGUGGGCCACGGCAGCAGAGCGGACCAGUUCCUGGAGCAGAGCCUGUCCUACCUGCAGAGCUCCCAGGAGCCCCUGCAAGAGGCGGCCGUCAGGUUCAUUGGUGAGCCACGACCCUGACCCUUCUGUGC